UUGGGCUGCUAUUCCGUUUUGGAAAUGUCAUAAUGGCUGUGGCCUGAUGUUUCUCUUAUGUGGUUCAUUAUUUUUGGUGAAUGAUCUGCUCUUGUAACUUCUGGACACUUUUUCUUUUUUCCCUAAUACAGAUAUCAACCGCCCAUUCCUGUUGAUCAAGUAAAACCAUGGACUGAAUUUGACUAUGAAGGAGAGGGCUCUCCUGGCAUGAGGGGCAGAGGGCGUGGUCGAGGAAGGGGUAGGGGUAGAGGAAAUAGCAAUGGAAUGGGGGACUAUGGAGAUGGAGGUUGGGAUGGUGGACGUGGAUAUGGUGGAAGAGGAAGAGGCCGUGGAAGAAGCCGCAAUUUCCGUGGGCGUGGAAGAGGUUAUGGUGGUGAUGUACAACAUGAAUCAGGUGGUUACAAUGAAUAUGGUGGAUCUGAUGCACCAUCUGUGCAAAGCCGUGGGCGUGGUCGUGGCAGGGGAAGGGGCCGUGGUGGUCGUGGAAGGGAUUAUUUUAGAUCAGAUGGGCCAGCCCAGGCAACUGCUUGAACCUAGAACAUUUGUUAGUGGAAAAAAGAACUGCUGGAUGCCUGCUCUGCUCGUCGUGUUAUUUCUUCUUCUAAGAGAAUGGACUUCACUGAUAUAUGUUUAGGAGAUGCCAUUCGGUUGUUAGUGGUAAGCUGCUGCAAUGGUUGCCUGUAGCAGCUGUGUUUUUGUAGUUAGGUUUCUAGGAUUAUCAUUGAUUUGUUGUCGACAAAAAAAAAAGAAAGAAAAACCAUGCUGGUUUAUUAUACCCGUCAAAAAUUGUACAAUUUGUCUGAUGCUUUUUAUAGGAAUAAUAGAGCAGUACAUUCUUUCAUUCUUAAUUUCAAAA